UGAGAAUAGGAUUAAGUGCUUAUGCGUCCUCCCUCUUCUUUUGUCGCGCUGUUCUUCUGUUCCACACAACCCUAAAGAGGCGAGCUUCGAACCGCAGGCGAUGCUCCGACGGCGGUGCCGGUGAUAAGCUUCGGCCAAUAUUCAGCAACGGUUUCGGAUUGGACAAGAGAGAGAGAGGAGGCGGCUCCUAGCGGUGAAGUCGUAUAGAUCGAGAAUCGAACAAAAAAGAAGCGAACUGAAGCCGCGGAGAAGCAUGGGAACUGAGCUAGGAUCGGGGAGAUUUGCUCGCUGAUGCAGGAUUUUAUUUUUUUUUGUCGGAUGCACUUUUCCUCUUUAUCCCCAGAAACGAAGGCGCGGGUUCCGGUCUCUUCUCCAGCGCUCGGAAGCACUUCCCCAAGAAGACCCAUCUAAGCAUUGAUUCCUAGAUGGCGUUGGUUGUGAUCUGCGGGCAGCCUUGCAGCGGGAAGUCAACAGCUGCGCUUUGCCUUGCUGAAGCUCUUAAGGAGUCGGAAGCGAAGCCCAUUGUUAGGAUAAUUGAUGAAGGGUCCUUCCACCUCGAUCGCAAUCAGAGCUAUGCUGAUAUGCCUGCCGAGAAGAAUUUAAGAGGAGUCCUACGGUCUGAAGUGGACAGGUCAUUGUCGAAGGAAGACAUCGUCAUAGUCGAUUCUUUGAACAAUAUCAAAGGCUACAGAUAUGAGCUCUGGUGCUUGGCUCGCGCCGCCGGUAUAAGGUACUGCGUUGUGUUCUGUGAUGCAGAGGAAACGCAUUGUCAGAAAUGGAAUGGGGAACGCAGGGAAAAGGGAGAAGCUGCAUACGACGAUAAGAUUUUUGAGGAUCUGGCAAGAAGAUUCGAGAGACCAGAUAGAAGAAACCGUUGGGAUUCUCCUUUGUUUGAACUAUGGCCACAUAAUGAGGGAGUGACUAAUUCUUCUACUGCCAUCGCAGAGGCUGUUUCAUACUUAACGAAAAAGGUGGACCCGAAAUCGCGAGACGUCAGGGUUUUGCAGCCGACCAUUGCUACGCAGAACACGCGAUCUUCGGAAGCAAAUUCUCUUUACGAGCUGGACAGGGCAACACAGGAGGUGAUCAGUGCAGUUGUGGAAGCGCAAUCCCAGGCCCUGGGAGGGCCUUCGAAUGGGAUCUCUGUUGGCGUAGGAUUGCCGAAUAUUACCAUAUCAAGAUCAGUUGGGCUGCCGGAGCUACGAAGGCUCCGACGAACUUUCAUUAAGUUGACGGGGCAAACGAGUUUAAGCGGGCGACCACCACCUUCCGAUGCAGAGAGUGCCAAGCGGAUGUUUGUAGACUAUUUGAACCGGGAACUAGGUGCUGCUUAAACUCGAACAGUUCCGCUACGAGCAAUUUCUCAAUUUUGUCCCUUCUGGAGUUAUUUUUCAAGUAAUUUUCUAGGUGGGUAAGUUGUUAAUGGCCGUGCUCUAAUUAGUAAGGAUCUGCUGAGAGUGAAUACUUGGGUGUCUUGUUUUAGGAUUGUAAGAAGCAAGAUGUGAGCUUUUGUUCUUAAUUUGCA